AUGGCCGCCGCCGGCGGGAGCGGCGGCGGCGGAGGCAGCCGCCGCCACUGGCUAGCGGACGAUCCCGGCUUCCGCUCCGGCGUACUCCGGAAGCUAACUACCAGAUUGAACCCAUAUCUCGAGCCUAGGUAUGCUCCUGAUUCCCAAGAGGCCCAACGUUUUGUUACCAAAUUUGAGGAGGAAGCAUUCAGUGGGGCUAACAGUAAGGAAGACUACAUGAGAAUUAUAUCAAACAAGUUGCUCUUAUUUGAGAAAAGAAGAAGUGAACAGAUGCAACGACGAAGGCAGUCACGUAGCCAAUUGCAACAGACUAAUGCACCUCAGGCUUUACAAGGAGGCAAUUCUUCUGUAAUGCCAGAGGCGGUGAUGAUGGCUAGUCCAAGGCCAACUUCUCAGCCUAUGACACCUAUAACUCCAGGGCUAGUGGAAAACCAGAUGCAAUUAGGAGCCAGUCAGUGUCAGAGCCAAUACCCAUCCAGGCAACUGCAGGCUACAAACUUUGUAGGUUGCAGCCCAACAAGUGUGUCAAAGCCAGCUAUUCAACCAAAUUCUCAGCAGAAUCGCCUACUUGCCAAGAAUGAUAGUGCCAUUGGUAGGCAGCAGCUGACAAGGAUGAAUCAGCAAACUUUGGGAGCCAACCAACAAGAGAUGGACUUGCAAAGGUACCAUAUCCUUGGAGCACAACAGGCUGAUGCCUCUAAGAUGCAGGUCGGUCAGCUUGGAGGAAAGAAUAAUCAGCAGGAUUCUAGGCUGACAGAUCUACUACAUUCACAGUUCAAGGCAUCUGAACCUGAGCAUAUGGCUCGAACUCUACAACAGAUUAGCGGUGCUCAACAGAGCACUUUUGUCUGUCAGAAUUCUCAGAUUCCAGCUACCGUUGGAAGUGCUAGAGAAUGUGACGUAAUAGAGAAAAUGUAUUGCCAGAUCAAGUCUUGGAAGGAUGCGUAUUAUUUACAGCUUGUUGAAUUGGAGGAAAAGUUUCGUGUUCCAGUACUAACAGAGGAACAAUUGUUGUCACUACCUGGAUCGAAAGCUAAUUCAUACAGAAAAAAAGUUGAUCUCAAGAAGCAAAUCAGAAAGAUACUAAAUUUUUUGCAGUUGAGGAAAAGUGAUGUGCACGAGGGUUUAAGGUUGGAGUUCAGCAAGUACGAAAAAUAUAUACAUAAUUUGGUGGAUUUUAUCAAGAAGACUAAAGCUCACGAUGGAAAGAUGAAUAUUGGAUAUCAGUUGCAGAAUUUUGGUCAGCAGUCUGCAGCCAUUAAUCUUACUGAAAACGUAUCCCUAAUCGCUGGUGAUAAAAGUAGACAACAAAAGCAACCUGGAGAUGCAAGCAUUUUGCAGUCAAGGCAAACAACUACAGCUCGAACAUCACCAGAUCAUCAACAUAACAAUCACAGCCACUUGUUAGGAAUAACAAGUCCUUCCUCGAUCAGUUCACCAGGAUCAUUGCAAUCUUGGUCUACCAGUAUGCUUGAGUACUUGACCCCCUCACCAGUUGCCAAGCCAGGGGUAGCACCAGACUCACCCUGUGCUCCGGUGAUGUCCAGAUUCUCAAAGGACGUUGGCAGCAUAUCUGACUUUCUGUUGCAUGAUAAUGCAGCAGCACCACCACCAAAAACAAAUAGUUCUAACCAUGUCACUCCUACUAAACCAAUGUCAGCUUCAUCACUUCAGACAGAGAUAGCAGCUGGUCAAGUAGAGGAUCAGGUGCGAUGUAGGGACAGAACAUCGGUGACUAAGAAGCCCAUCGAUCGUCUCAUUGAUGCGAUGAGGUCUUCAUCACCAGCAGCGCUACGCAGCUCAGCUAAUUCAAUCUGGUCUGUUCUUAGCAUCGGUGACAUUGUUCCACCUGGGAAAAUUGGCACAAUUUUGGAUUGCAAAUCCUCUCAACAACAGCAGUUUGGUGGAUCUAAUACUGUGAACAAAAUGAAGCGUGUAUUCAAUAAUACAUCAUCAUGCUCUGGAUCGCUACUAGCAGGAAGUUUUGAUAACAGUUGCAUGUCAUUUGAGUGCGAUGCCUCUGACUCUGGUUCGAGCAGCAAAAGAAGCAUCAAGAGGCAGAAAACAAAGAAUGCUAAUGAUGCUCUCUUGGAAGAGAUUAAAUCUAUUAACAGCACACUUAUCGACACAGUGAUCAGCAUGUCUGGUGACUGUGAAACAGAUGGGUUUGCCUCCUGCGGUGGCGGGACAACGUUGAAACUGUCUUACAACGCUGUGUCCAUUUCACGUGCCGUAAUAUCACUCUUUGCAACAUCUGAAAUGUCGCUUGUCUGCCCCGCAAAGCUUUUUAUCCCCCCAGAUUAUCCAAGUAGCUCUCCGGUACUUAUUAAUGACGGAGGAGAUGAGGUGCUAAGGAAGAAUUCCAGUGCCAUCUCGGUCUCACUGGACGUGGCGUUCCGGCAUGUCCUCGCUGGCCUCCCGGAACCCCGAUCAAUCAAGGAGAUAGCCAGGGCGUGGGAUGCUUGUGUGCGGAAGGCUGUAACGGAGUUUGCGCAGCGGCAAGGCGGAGGGACGGUCAGCAUGAUGCUUGGCCGUUGGGAUAGAUGCGCUGCCGCAUGAGAACAUAUAUAGGAUGCCCUGUGUGUCUGGUUUGCUGUAGAACGGAACAUAACUGAUAAGAAGGUGAGUCCAUACUCCUAUCCCUAGACAGAUGCAUAUGUAGAAUCUUUGGUAAUCGCACCGGAACUGUAUAGACUUGGGUUUUCAACAUAUAGAGAUUGACAUACCAUAGGAUGAUAGGAGUUGAUGUUGACUCCAAUAGAUGUAACAUGUUUGAAAGCAGUAGAUGUAAAGUGCUGAUCACCAAUGGACGGCAGGAAAAAAAUGCAGUUGUAAACUCUGAACGAGGAACAAGAAAGACGUAUAGUUUUACUUGUGUCUGAAUAAUAUUUCUAUUCUAAAUC